GCCGCUCCGGAGCCGACGGGAGCUGCACCCUCCCUCUUCUCGGCGGGAAAGUCUUGAGGAGAUAUUUUCUUUUUGGAACAUUAAGAAAUUUGAGGAUGGUGGGGCAAAACGACUAAACCCCAUUUUCCUGUGAUUCUUUAGGCGGAAAACUGUCCAAAUCUGUGGAUAAAUUCGUGAGAUAAGAAAAAGGAUGGCAUCUAGAAUAAAUACCAGUUUCACUUUGAUUCCCAACCAGAAAUAUAGACGUAGUAAUCGUCGAUCCAGCUAUUUUUCCAACACCUGUGACUCAGAUUCUCAGCCCUUGUCAACGCUUGGAAAUUUUAAAACCUUGCCAUUGGAAAUAUUCCAAAUAAUCUUAAAAUAUUUGUCAGCGAAGGAUAUCAGCGUGCUAAGCAUGGUGUCCAAAACAGUCGGCCAGCGUAUUAUUAAUUAUAUUUCAACCUCAUCAGGAAGCAAAAGACUUUUACUACAGGACUUUCACAACCUUGAGCUGCCUGGCAGGAGACAAGACUCCACUAUAUUGGAACACUACAGAUCUCUAGGUCUACUAUUUAAAAGAUGUACUUUGCUGCUACCCACAAAGGAAAGACUAAAGUACAUUCACAAGAUGCUCGCAGAAGUUUCCUGUUUUAAAUUCAAUGGCUGUGCAGCUCCUAUGCAAUGUUUAGGAUUACCAUGUUAUGGCAUGUUUUUACAGACCUUAACAGCAGGUUGGGAUGAACUCGAGUGUCAUCGUGUUUACAACUUCUUAUGUGAGCUGACUAAUCUCUCUCGCAAGAUGCAGACUGUUGUCUGCAGCAAACCAGGAGGUGCCCGAAAACUGGAGUUAAGGAUCAGACUGUUCUGUAGGAACGUUCUGCUUGAUCAUUGGACACAUCGAAGUGAUUCUGCUUUUUGGUUGACGCGUAUAUUAAAACCAUGGCCAAUGGUGAAUCAGGCAAGAUUACUGUAUAUCAUCUUUGGACCAAUAUCUCCUCAAGAUGGACAGGUAAUUUGGCAGAAAAUGAUAGAAGACCCUACAGAUGAUUCCAGUCUGAAAGGUUUGGCAGAUGCCAUUAAACUACUAUAUGACACAGGCACCAAAGAGUGGACAGCAGAUGAUGUUAUCAGUCUUGUAGAUGAACUAUCAGUGGUUCCCCGUGAAUGGCUUCUAGAGAAUAACGCACGUCUCCUAAUCCUAAGUGGGAACAACAUCUGUUUUACUUUCAUGGCUAGUAAAGCUGUGAAUGGACGGGCCAUUGAACUGGCAAGGCUGAUGGUCUUUUUGGCUUUGGUAUGCGAGAAAGAACUAUACUGCAUGGAUUGGGCAGUUAAAAUGAUGCAAAAAGUCUGUGAUGUCUUUAGCACUCCACUGGAAAGAAAUAACUUCCUUCAGAGUGUGGCAAAUGCAUUUGCAUGGGUUAUAAUGGAAAUGAUGCAGUCAAUUAUGUCUGGAGACCAUGAUGAAGACGACAGAAGCUUUUUGAAUCUGUUCCAACUUGUGCAUGCUCAGGCUAACUUCCAUAAGGAGGUCCUGUAUUUGACCAUGAAUCCUCUCUCUACCUAAAUACUCUGAAAGUCUUGCAUUUAGAGAAUACCUCACUGAACCAACAAUUAGAAGAGUGCUACUUUUUCACACCCAAAAAAUAGCAUCCAUGGGACUUUUUGUCACCUAAGUAACCUAAGAAUUCAAAAGCUGCAUAGAAUUUUAGAAGCAACUGCUUACACCAUUAUUAAUAUAAAAAUAUCAGGCAAACCCAAGAAUGUAUUGAGAUGUUUCUGGAAAACAAGGUAUGCCUCUCCAGAUUUUGGUAAACCUAACACCAAACUAGAUGGAACGUUAGUGUCCAAGAAUCUGGGGCCAGCCAACCUGUGUGUAUCUUUGAAGCAAGGGAAAAUUCGGUUUUAUAGUUAAAGUAGACCCAAAUCCACUAAAUAGUCUGUAUCUGUUCUUUGCUUAGGUUGGAUAGAAUAGCCUAGAAUGUUUUGUGAGAUUUGCAAUAUGAUGUUUUGGAAUACACAGAUAUAAAUCACAUUCUUUAUCACCUUCUUGGCAUAUGAUUACAAAGAACAUUAUAUUUUUCUCACCUUUUGCAUGAACAGAUCAAAAACCAAAAGAAGUAUGUGUGUGUAUAUACAUAUCCAUACAAUAUAUGUAUGUAUAUAUACAUACAAAUACACACACUUAUAUUUCCUUCUUUAAGACAAAUCAUACAAAAAGUCUAUAAAUAGAAGAAGAUAUAUAUUGUCUUUAUACAAUCAGAUCAUCUUUUAUUCUUUCCUGGGGAUUAGAUAGAGUAAAAUGUUGCAAAUAAGGGAGAAUAUAAAGUGAAAAGAAGUAGC